AUGUCGGCCACAACUCAAGGCCCGCCGACGCCACCCGAGCCCCCGGCGCCAUGGAUCAAGCAGUUUGACCCAGGCCACCAGCAGUGGUUCUUCGUCAACCCCACCACUGAGCCGCCUACCCGCCAGUGGGAGUAUCCUGAUGCGCCGCACGGCGCGGGAGACGGAGAGCGCGGCCUCGUUGCGGACGGCGAGCGCGGCCUCGGCACCUGGAUCCAAGGCAAGGUCACCCAGCACUACGUGACCAAGUUCACGGGUGUGCCCCCGCCGCCCAAGCAGCACGGGUUCAGCAACCUCUUGGGAGGCCUCUUCCGCCCGCCGACGCCCCCGCCCCCUCCUCCCCCGCCUAGCGCCCUCGACCAGGUCCUCGGCGCAUUCGGGUACGCCAAGCCGCCCCCGCAGCAGCCGUCGAUGGGCGCCAACCUCCUCGGCGCUGUGACGGGCAAGCCGCCCCGUCCUCAGCAGCAGCAGCCGCAGGACCUCACGAGCCAGCUCAUCGCCGCGGGCGUCAACUAUGCCACCCACAGCGGCGGGAAGCCUGGUGCCGGUGGUGGAAACUCUGGAUUUGAGGCGCUUGCCGCCGCCGCUAUUGGCGGGCUUGCGCACAGCGGCAGUGGUGGUGCCGGGGGCAGCUCGGGGCUCGGCGCCAUCAUGGGGGCGCUGGGUAAGCGUGAGCUUGACUCGCAGGGAGGUGGGGGCGGGCAGGGUGACAGACCUGGUGGCCAGCAGCAGCAGCACCAGCAGCAGCAUUAUUAG